GCCACGGCUACGGGCGUUGCUUCUGUGACAAGCUGGUGAGGGCUGUGGACUUGAAGCUGAAUAAAAUAUGAAAUUUUGAUCCUUUAACUUUAUUAAAUAAUCCAUGACUCUUUCAAUGUAAAUGCAUAAGUCAAGCUUUAAAUAGUUACAGAAAUAUUAAAAUUAACUAAAUUGUUAUUUUUCGUGGGGAUAAUAGUUUAGUUUAGCGAACGCAAAAUAAUUCUCUCUAGUUUUGGUUUCUUUCACUAUUUUUUUUGAGUUUGUAAUUUGUAACAGUAUCGCUAUGAAAGCUCCAGGAAAUUAAAAAGUUGCGACAAGGAAAUCGCAAACAGAGGCGCAAAUAUGAGUCUCUCGUUGAGGUAAGAAAGCUAAGUGAUACUUUUUGUAUAAUUAUAUGCCGGCCUUUUCUGUUUAACACUCGAAAAUUAAAUAGAUAUUCUCUUACUAAAUCCCCAAAGUUAAAUGUUUAAGUAGGCCUAAUUAAUAAUAGUUCGGUCAAUAUAAUUGGAGAUCAAAAACGUGUUGUUCGCUUGAUUUUUAUUUUGUUACAUGUUGAAACAUGAAUCUAAAUUCUUGCUACUAAAUCAGUAUCACUAACAUUCUAAGACAGUGGACAGAGAUUGAUUUAACUAAGAAUAAGAUUUAUUGACUAAGAAAAAAGACUAAGAUGAACUAAGGAAAGUUGAAGUUGAAAGACCAGUUCUAAAUCUAAUAAAUAAUAAUAAUAAAAUUAAAAGUCAAAAGAACAUAUUUAGGCCCUAAUUUUUGGUUAAUCAAUUUUAAUAAUUUUAUCCGGUCAAUAUAUGGACUACUAUUAAUUAACCUGGUUUAAUUUUAAGAAAAGAGCAUUGACACUUAAUGAUUUAUAAUUAUUUAAAAUUUAGAUUUGUUUACAACAAAACCACAAAUGCUUGAUAAAAAAAAGUCUGAAAUAUAUUUUUUUGUUGCAGAGCAGAGUUUGCCUUGGAUAAGAACAAAAAGAAGAAGAAGCGUGAAUUAGCUGAUGAGCAGAAGCAAGAAAUUAGAGAAGCAUUUGAUUUAUUUGAUACAGAUAAGGACAGGGCUAUUGAUUACCAUGAGCUGAAGGUAUAUUUUAUUAAUGAAGUGUCACAGUCGAGAAUUAUUUAUUUGUUUAGACAGAUCCAUCAUUUCUUUACACAAAUGUUGCUUCUUGUUUACUCAAAAGAGUUUAAGCUCCAUAAUGCACUGGUCUAUCUGGUGAUCAUGUUUGUCUCUCAGUCAAUAGGUGUUGGUUUCAAAACAGUCUGCCCCAACCCCAGCUGUACACAUUCAUUUUUAUUAUAAUUAUAGUUAUAUCUGGAAAAGUCAGCUCACCAAAAAUUAAUAAAUCAAGGUAUAUAAUUAUGUAUCUGGCAUCCUUCCAUCUUCAUGAGAUGAUUGAUGGAUUAGCUAUUGACACAUCAUCAAAUUGUUUACGAGCCCGAUGUACUGGAAUAGCAGUCUCGGCUGCACUUCUUGCAGGAGAAUCUUGACUUGUGGUUAACUUUGGCCUUCAAUAAUGUUCUUUUUGUUGCAAGGGCUUUGUUUCUUGCAUCCUCUGCAUGUUUUACACCCUCACACACUGCUGUUCGCCAGCCAGAGCGGUGCUCAGUGAUAAUCUCCCAUUCGUUGAUUUCUAUGUUGGAUUCCCUCAUGUUCAUUUCGCAAACUUCCUUAAAUGGCAGCUGUUUAAUAAGUCUUGCCCCCAACUGCCAACUUUCUGCACAGCAGGUUCCUUGGACUGCUGCCUUCCUCCAUUCUCCUUACAUGGCCUAGCCAGUGAAGAUUUCUCAUGCUAAAAGCGGACAACAAUUUACAUAUUUUGUUUGGCAUGUUCCAAAACUUAUGUGUUAGUCACCUUGUCCUGCCAUUGAAUUUGCAAAAUGCGGCACAGACAUAUUUGGUGGAAGUUUCCGCUCAUGUCUGACAUGUGUAGUCCACACUUCACUGUGUGUGGGAUAGCCAAUUUUGUGCAAGAUACUGAACAGGCCACUCUGUGAAAGCAAUGUGAAGAGGCCUAUACUGUGCAUGACACUUCUCAUGCAAAAAUAGAAGAAAAAUCUUUGCCUGCAUUUUCCAGUAGGAUAAUUUGACCAUGUCUAUGUGAGAUAUCUGUAGCACAAUGUGUCAAAUGAAACUUCCUUUUUUAAUUAUUUUAUAUUUAUGCCUUAUUCAAGAAAUCGCUUAGGCAUGUUUUUCCAUACCACUACUGCCUUUACAUUUGAUCCUUAAAGGAAAAUAGAAAGUAAAAUAUUUGUAUCACUUUCACUCCACCUUUCAUCGCCCCUGUUCAAACCUGCACAUAAUUUAGAUGUCACAAAGAAACAUUUAAGCGAUGAAGAUUUAGUGUUAGUUAUCAUGUUGUCAUCCCCUGUACAUUUGAACUACUGUGUUUGUAUGCACUGGUUGAACUGUGUCAUACAUUGUCCUUAAAUAGGUUGCAAUGCGAGCUCUGGGCUUUGAUGUAAAGAAAGCAGACGUGUUGAAGAUUUUAAGGGAUUACGACAGGGAAGGAAGUGGGAAGAUAUCUUUUGAUGAUUUCAGUGAAGUCAGUAAGUAUGGUGAAAUGUAUGACUAAACUCUGAAGAAACUUUACAUGCCUUGAUAUCGCUAUGUAUUUUAAACAAGCUUUUGUUGAGAUGCUCCAAACUUAAAUAUUUGAAAUUUUGCUUCUUUCACUUUACCUUUCCAAAAUUUUAGAGGGAGACUUAAAUACCUUUUAUAAAACAUGAGAACCUUAUCUAAUUAUUUUUUUGGCAUAAUUAUUACCUUACUAAAAAUGAUCUUCCCAUGAAAAAAGUCUGAAUAACCUAAUUUUAAAAAAGUAAGCUUUAGCUACUAUAUAUCUAAAUGAAGAAAUGGUUUUUUAUUGAAUAUACUUGCAAUUUAAAUGAUACAUUUGUACUUUUUUUCCUUGACCAGUGACAGAUAUGAUGCUUGACCGUGACCCCCAAGAAGAAAUCUUAAAAGCCUUUAAGCUGUUUGAUGAUGACACAUCAGGAAAAAUAAGUCUGCGCAAUCUCAGGAGAGUAGCCAGGUAUUUCCAGGUCUUUCGCUCAGUGACUGUAGCACAUCAGGGCUGUUUCAGUGACUGCAGCGAAGCAGGGCUAUAUAAGUGAUUCUCGCACAGCAGGGCUAUCUAAGUGACUGUAGCACAGCAUGGCCAUUUACGUGACUGUAGCACAGUAGGGGCUAUUUAAGCUUAGCACAUUCAAUGUCAUUGAAAAUCAAAAUAACACUGUCAUGAAGUGAUUGAAUUUGAAACCACUAAAGAUGUCCAAACCAUAAUGAAACUAAGACAUACAAUUUUUUUCCUAAUACUCACAUGUUUUAAAUGUGGGAUCUGGUAUAACUAGGUUUUGGUGUCAUAGCCCUGUGACAAUAUUCUGAUGUUAACAUUCUAAUCUAGUUUUGGGGGGGGGGGGGGGGUCGUCUUUGCACUAUCAUUUUCUAAACUGUCACUUAACCCCAAAAACAAUACAUACUGGUAAACCUGUGAAAUUGUAUCAGAGACAGAAACUUUUAAUUUUAAAUGAGUCAAAAUUGCCAACUGUAUCAUUACAUCCAUUUUGGGAUAAAGAACCGUGAAAAUCAAGAACUGUUUGAAAUAUAAAGUAUAAAAAUGCAUGAAUUUUAAAAUAAUUGCCACAAAGUUGCUUCACUCUGAACACACAAUGAAAAAAAAACUGUUCAAAAGCUCUUGAAUUUAGUUAACUUUUUUAAAGACUUAUUUCCCUUUUGUUUGCUAAUAUUUGGGCUAGUAUAUUUGUAUGAUGUAAUACUUCACAGGGAACUAGGAGAGAAUAUGACAGAUGAAGAGCUGAGAGCAAUGAUAGAUGAAUUUGACAGGGAUGGAGAUGGAGAGAGUGAGUACAAAAUUAAAUAA